UCCUGAGAAGUAUGGCGGCGUCCUGCAACAUUUCUGUGUAGUCUGUUUGAUUCAUUCUGUGCCUUUGGAGAAAUAAGACUUGACUAUCAGCAAUAUGUUUGUUUAUCUCAGCAAAAAGAUAGCUAUACCUAACAACACCCGACUGCGGUGUGUCUCAUGGAACAAGGAGCAUGGCUACAUUGCUUGCGGAGGAGAAGAUGGUCUCCUCAAAGUGCUCAAAUUGGAAACUCAGACAGGGAAGGACAUGAAAGUGAAAGGCCUGGCAGCUCCAAGCAAUUUGUCAAUGAACCAGUCACUUGAGGGACACAGUGGUGCUGUUCAGUGUGUGACAUGGAAUGAACAUUACCAGAAGCUGACCACAAGUGACCAGUAUGGCCUCAUCAUUGUAUGGAUGCUCUACAAGGGUUCCUGGUACGAGGAGAUGAUUAACAACAGGAACAAGUCUGUGGUCAGGGGAAUGAAGUGGAAUGCUGAUGGACAAAAGAUCUGCAUUGUUUAUGAAGAUGGUGCUGUGAUUGUUGGGUCUGUGGAUGGUAACCGCAUCUGGGGGAAAGAACUGAGAGGUCUGCAGCUGGCUUGUGUUGAGUGGUCCCCUGAUGGCAAGAAGAUCUUAUUUGGAAUGUUGAAUGGAGAAGUUCAUAUAUUUGACAACACUGGCAACUUCAUUACCAAGCUCCAGGUACAUUGUCUGUCAAAUGUGACUGGCGCUAUCCACAUCGCUGGGCUGCAGUGGUAUAAUGGACUCAAUGGAUAUGUGGAGGCAAACUGCCCUUGUUUUGCACUCUGUUUUGACAAUGGCCGUUGUCAGAUAAUGAGACAUGAGGUAGAUGAAAAUCCCAUCCUGAUCGACACUGGUAUGCACGUAGCCCAGAUAGGCUGGAACCACUCGGGGAAUGUGCUGGCUGUGGCUGGCUCCCAGCAUGCAAUGGGACAGGAUAAGGAAGUCAAUGUUGUCCAGUUCUACACACCAUUUGGAGAGCACCUGCGGACACUGAAGGUUCCGGGCAAGCAAAUGUACGCCUGUUCCUGGGAGGGAGGCAGUUUGAGGAUAGCACUGGCUGUCGACUCCUUUAUCUACUUCGCCAACAUCAGACCCGACUACAAGUGGGGGUACUGCUCCAGCACCGUGGUGUACUCCUUCACCAAGCCCGACAGACCCGAGCACUGCGUCAUCUUCUGGGACACAAAGAACAAUGAGAAAUAUGUGAAGUAUGUUAAAAAUCUCAUCGCUGUCACAGCUUAUGGAGAUUAUUGUUGCCUGGCAACUAAAGCUGACGAGAUAGCAGGCCAGUAUGUGUUGGUUCUGUGCAACUCUAUCGGCACCCCACUUGACUCCAAGUACAUCGAGAUGGACCCCAUGUACCUGACAAUGACCAAGACUCACAUUAUCACAGCAUCAAAGGAGGCCUUCUAUACCUGGCAGUUCAAGAACCCCAAGAAACUGGCCACCCUGGAGAUGGCAACCAAGAGGAAGGCUGGCUCGGAGAGAUUGUACCACAUUGAUGAUAUGCCAUCAGGAACAGCUCCACAAGAAGAUGUGGAUUUCAGCAAGGCUUUCACUAUGCUGAAAGGAAAACUCCAGGGUACGGAGGAUCCAGUCUGCUGUAUAUGUGCCUCGGACAAAACCCUGUUUGUUGGGAGGGAAUCUGGGACGCUGAACCGCUACUCCAUGCCGAUGCUGGCACUCACACACAAGUACGCCUUGAACUGCCGACCCCACCAGCUGGCCCUCAACUGCACCUCCAGUCGGCUUGCCAUCAUCGACAUUGCUGGUGUGCUGACCUUCUUUGACCCAGACACACGGGUGACGGAUGAAGAUGGGCGGGAAGUUGUUGGAGAACAUCUCAAGUUUGAGAGGAAGGAUGUUUGGGACAUGAGAUGGGCAGAGGACAACUCCGAGCUGUUUUCUAUGAUGGAGAAGACAAGGAUGUACAUCUUCAGGAACCUGGACCCAGAAGAGCCCAUCUUGUGCAGUGGCUACAUUUGCCAGUUCAAUGACCUCCAGAUCAAAUCAGUGCUGCUCGAUGAGAUCAUGAAGGACCCUGAGAACCCCACCAAGGAGGAAAUUGUUGAGAUGGAGAUCAAGUCACUCCGAGACACCCGUGACUUGCUGGACAAAGUGGGCAUAGCUGAUGCACAGCAGUUUAUAGAAGACAAUCCUCAUCCCAGGCUGUGGCGGCUGUUGGCAGAGAGUUCUCUGGAGCAGCUCAACCUGAAGGUGGCGGAGACAGCAUUUGUCAAGUGUAAGGACUUCCAGGGUAUCGAGUUUGUCAAGCGACUGGGAAACCUACAGAACGAAACAAUGAAGCAGGCUGAGGUAGCAGCCUAUUUCCGACGCUUUGAGGAAGCUGAGAAAAUAUAUGUCGAGAUGGACAGAAGAGACCUGGCAGUGAACCUGCGGAAGAAGCUGGGUGACUGGUUCCGGGUGGUACAGCUGCUGAAGACCGGGUCUGGAGGGGAUGAUCUACAGCUGGAGGAGGCCUGGAACGCUAUAGGGGACUACUACGCUGACAGGCAGAAAUGGCAGCAGGCAGUAACGUACUAUGUGCAGGGACGCAACCAGGAGCGUCUGUCGGAGUGUUACUACAUGCUGGAGGACUACUCAGGGCUGGAGAAGAUGGUGCAGGCUCUGCCAGAGAACCACAAGCUGUUACCGGAUAUUGCCGGGAUGUUUGUCAGUGUGGGCAUGUGCAAGCAAGCUGUGGAAGCCUAUAUAAGGUGUAACCGAGUGAAGGCCGCCAUUGACAGCUGUGUCCAUUUGAACCAGUGGAACACAGCUAUAGACUUAGCCAAGAGUCACAACGUACGAGAGAUCGACUCUCUCCUGGCUAAGUACGCUAGCCAUCUAUUAGAGAAGAACAAGAUCAUCAAUGCUAUUGAGUUGUACCGCAAAGCUGGACACUACUUCGAUGCUGCUAAACUUCUCUUUAAGAUAGCAGACGAGCAGAUGAAGCAGGGGAGCAAGCCUCUGUAUCUGAAGAAGCUGUAUGUCCUGGGAGGCCUGCUCAUCGAGCAGUACCAUGAGAUGAUGAAACUCACAUCCAGGAAUAAAGGCAAGAAUGCCGGCAAGAAAGCUGUAGAGGCUACCUCAGCUCUCGCUGGAUUCCUGGAAGAGGACUCAGCAGCUAUGUCCGACACAAAGCUGAUAGACAGUGCCUGGCGGGGAGCCGAGGCCUACCACUUCUACAUCAUGGCUCAGAGGCAGUUGCAUGAAGGCUAUGUGGAUGCUGCUAUGAGGACAGCCCUACAUCUGAGAGAGUACGAGGACAUCAUCAGUCCUGUUGACAUCUACUCUUUGUUGGCUCUGUGUGCAUGUGCUAACAAGGCAUUUGGGACAUGCUCUAAAGCUUUUAUCAAGCUGGAGUCCAUCGAUGUCCUCACACCAGAACAACGACAACCAUAUGAGGAGCUCGCUCUGGAGAUAUUCACAAAACAUUCUCCAAAAGACAAUCGAGUGAAUCGCAUAGAGUGUAACAGUUGUGCCUCACAGAUCCCGGACUGGUCGACCUCCUGUCCAAGCUGUGACACCAAGUUCCCCACCUGUAUAGUGACAGGUCGACCUAUCAUGGAGUACGAGUACUGGCUGUGUAGCAGCUGCAAGCACAGAGCUAUACAGACGGAGAUCAGCCAGAAGUCCACGUGCCCUCUCUGUCAUGUCAAGGUCUAGGUCAAGGUCAAGGUUGAAGCUGUAACAUGUAUAGUUCCUAAUAUGUACAGAUUAACUGACAUGCCAUACUGCUAUGUGUGAUAUAUAAGAUGCAGAGUCCAGACUCUAUGACAGCUGAAAAUGAUGCCCCAACAAUUGGUGUUACUUAAUUCAAACGAUAUACUGCGAGUGUAGUAUCUUCUUAUGAAGUGUGGAAGUAUAGAUUUCUGCAGAAUGUUCUACAACAUAAGUCUUAUAUGAAUGCCCCAUGCUGUGUACCAACUGUGAUAAAUUUUGAAUCACAAUCAUUGUGUAACACAUGCGUCAUCCUUGUUGCUCCCAUGUCCGUACCUCUGCUUAUGGAAUGUGUUAAGAUGCCCAGCAUAAGAAUCCCUUGGUCAUGGCCCAUACAUAAACUUACUUCAGUACUUUACAGCUGGUUUCGGAUAAUUCUGCUCUAAAACUGUUGACUAUUCCUUGUUUUACUUUGUGCAAGAGAUCACACAUUUGUUGGUAGGAGCACCAGAUCUUUCAGAUAACUGUCCUUUGAAAUAGUUCUUUAUCAAUGGACAGACCAAACUGAUUUAAUCUUAAUAAGAAAUAUUAGUUAUUUAAGGGAUAAGUUGUCAUGGAAAUCAAAACUACAAACCAAAAUGUGUAUGUCUAGAUGUUUGAGUUGAGUGAAAGCUGCAGAUACCCAUGGACAUGUUCAGGUUUAUUGGCACAUGCUAUCUAUGCAGUGAAUUGUACAGUGUUAUGCUUGUUGUUUGUCUUAUUGCUUCUUUCUCCGUCCAGUAUGAAAAUCAUGUAGAAAUAACCUCUCAUGCAAUGUAUCAAUAUACAUGAAACAUUCCAACCUAAAUAUCUAGUUAAUGAAUAAAUAUCAUUCAUAUCA